GUUGCCUUAUUUUUGCGGCUUGUAAUUCGUAAGCGAGCUGGGCUUCGGCUUUCUACAGAAGAGUAAAACAACAAAAAGAAAUAAUAAAAAAAAAAAAGGGGAAAGAAAGGAAGAAAAAGAAACAUAAUUUAUAGAAGCUAUAAAAUAAAUCAUAAUGGGACCUGAAAAUGCAAUAAUUGGAGGCUUUUCCACGUCAAGCAGUGGAUUAUCGUGGUUUUUUUCAGUUUUAACUGCCGUACUACUUUAUUUCCAUUACGAAGUUCUAGACAACGAGGCACCACCUAUUGAUGUUCCUUCUGAAGAAUUAUUAAGAUCUUACGAUUUCAUCAUAGUUGGUGGUGGAUCAGCAGGUGCCGUUGUAGCGAAUCGUUUAAGCGAAAUCAACAACUGGAACGUGCUACUCCUAGAAGCUGGCGGUCAGGAGACAGAAAUAUCGGACGUACCUCUUCUUGCUGGUUAUCUUCAACUCACUCAACUCGAUUGGCAAUAUAAGACGGAAGCUCAGGGUACUUAUUGCUUGGCAAUGGAAAAUGAACGUUGCAACUGGCCACGUGGUAAAGUGAUCGGUGGUAGCAGCGUUCUAAACUACAUGCUCUAUCUUCGUGGGAAUAAAAAAGACUAUGACUUGUGGGAGCAACAGGGUAAUCCUGGUUGGAAUUCGAAAGAAGUACUUUAUUAUUUCAAGAAGUCCGAAGACAAUCAAAAUCCAUAUUUGACUCGUACACCGUAUCAUUCGAAGGGUGGUUAUCUGACGGUCCAAGAAGCACCAUGGCACACACCGUUGGCGGCUGCCUUCGUUCAAGCUGGUCAAGAGAUGGGCUAUGAAAAUCGUGACAUAAAUGGUGAAUAUCAAACUGGUUUCAUGGUCGCACAGGGUACCAUAAGACGUGGUAGUCGAUGCUCCUCGUCAAAGGCUUUCCUUCGUUCUGUGAGACUUCGUAAAAACUUGCAUGUUUCAUUGAACUCACACGUUACCAGGCUACUGAUCGAUCCCAAUUCGAAGAGAACGUACGGAGUGGAAUUUAUCAAAGGUGGCAAGGUCUUUCGCAUACAUACUAAAAAAGAGGUGAUCGUGUCUGGUGGAUCCAUCAAUUCCCCUCAGCUCCUGAUGUUGUCAGGUUUAGGACCAAGAAAAGACUUGACCGCGCACGGUAUUCCGGUGAUACAAGAUCUAAAAGUAGGCCACAAUUUACAAGAUCACGUUGGCUUAGGUGGUCUUACUUUCCAAGUGAACAGUGAAAUUUCUAUGGUCGAAAAGAGACUUCACAACGUGCAAGCUGUCGUACAAUAUGCACUCUUAGGUGAUGGUCCUUUGACCGUUCUAGGUGGUGUUGAAGGAUUAGCCUUCAUCAAUACGAAGUAUGCCAAUGCUACGGAAGAUUUUCCAGAUAUAGAGCUACACUUCGCGUCAGGUUCGAUAAAUUCUGAUGGCGGUAGACAAUUACGAAAGAUCGAUGGAGUGAAGAAGAGCUUUUACGAUGCAGUUUUCAGUCCGAUCAGUGAGAAGGACGUUUGGAGCGUACUACCGAUGCUUUUAAGACCUAAGAGCAGAGGUAUCAUCAAGCUAAGAAGCAAAAAUCCCUUUGAUCAUCCGUUGAUCUAUGCUAAUUAUUUCAAAGAACCCGAGGAUCUAGCGACGCUUGUCGAAGGCACCAAGAUCGCUAUUGCACUCAGCAAAACUCAAGCUUUUGAAAGAUUCGGUAGUGAACUUUAUUCAAAACCGUUUCCCAAUUGCAAGGAUAUACCGCAGUAUACCGAUCAACAUUGGGAAUGUAUGAUCAGGUAUUAUACUCAUACGGUUUAUCAUCCUGUUGGUACUUGCAAAAUGGGACCUUAUUGGGAUCCAGAUGCAGUGGUCGAUCAUGAGCUUCGAGUUUAUGGAGUAAAUGGCCUUCGUGUUAUCGACGCUUCCAUCAUGCCCAACAUUGUCAGCGGUAAUACCAAUGCUCCAACGAUAAUGAUCGGCGAGAAGGGUUCUGACAUGAUUAAGCAGCACUGGUUAAAGAAAAGGAAUUGUACUGAUUUCAUUCGAAACAGUAAAAUUGCUGACACGACGAAUAAAGAGAACACCGAGGUCAAUUUAUGUGUGUUAUGUAGGCAUGUGGCUCUCGAGAACUACAUUUUUUCCUUAAUGAUCAGAAUCAGAAAAUUGUCUCCCUUACAAAUCGAACUGUUUUAUAAGCUGGAAAAGAGUUUUCUAAUUAUAUUAAAAAUCUUUGUGUUGUUAUAUCGCCCGGACAUCGUUGAUCACGAUAAUCAGAUAAAUACGUUGUUACCAAAAAAGCUUUCGGAUAAUUAUGACUUUGUGGUGAUCGGUGGUGGAUCAGCGGGAUCAGUUAUUGCGAAUCGUCUUUCGGAAAACGAAAAUUGGACAGUGCUUUUAUUGGAAGCUGGUGGAAUCGAGCCGAUGUUAUCGGAUAUCCCCAUUAUUUUUCCGACUUAUCAAGUCAGUCCGAUAGAUUGGCAAUUUAAGACGGAACCGUCAUCGUAUUAUUGCCUGGGGAUGAACAAUAGGCAAUGUAACUGGCCGCGAGGAAAGGUAUUAGGUGGCAGUAGUGUGAUAAAUGCUAUGCUCUAUGUACGUGGCAACAAAAAGGAUUACGAUAAUUGGAAAGAUCAAGGUAAUCCUGGUUGGGAUUACGAGAGUGUUCUGCCAUAUUUUAAAAAAUCGGAGGGCAACAAAAUCGAAGGUUUAGAUCCUGUUUAUCAUGGGACUAACGGAGAGAUGACCAUCGAACAUUUCAAAUUUCAAACUCCUGUUACGGAUUAUUUGUUAGCAGCUGGCAAAGAGAUAGGUUAUAGAAUAGGUGACAUAAAUGGAUCGAAUCAAACGGGAUUCACGUAUUCUCAUGCAACAAUCAGGGACGGUCUUCGUUGCAGUACUUCGAAAGCUUUCCUUCGGAAGGCAUCGAAAAGAAAAAAUCUUCAUAUAUGUACGCAUUCGAUUGUCGAGAAAAUUCUUAUAAAAGAAAAUUCAAAGACAGCUUACGGCGUAAUGUUUCGGAAUAAUGAAAAAACAUACACCGUUCGUGCGAAUUUCGAAGUUGUUUUAUCUGCGGGUACCAUACAGUCACCGCAAUUGCUGAUGCUGUCGGGGAUUGGGCCAAUGGAUCAUCUUAAGGAAUUAGAUAUACCAUUGAUCCAAGACACGCCGGGUGUUGGUUCGAAUCUUCAAGAUCACGUAGCGAUAGGAGGUAUCGUUUACUUGGUCGAUCCACCAGAAAAAUACAAAUUCAAACAGUUCACUUACGUAUUGCCAAAACUUAUUUCCCUUAAAUCGCUAAAACAGUUUGCUAAGAAAAAAAGUGGUCCUUUAUAUACGGCAGCCGAAUGCGAAGCAAUGGCUUUUAUUAAUACCAAAUACUCGAAUGUCUCUGCAGAUUAUCCAGAUAUUCAGCUAUUUUUCUCAGCGGCUUCUAUGAAUUUGGACGGUGGAAGAUUCAGUAAAAAGAUAUUUGGUCUUAGGGAUGAUUUUUAUGAAAAAGUUUUCAAAAAUAUCAAUUAUCAGGAUUCUUACUCUAUUAUACCAAUUCUCUUGAGACCUCGUAGCAGAGGUUAUAUCAAAUUAAGAACGAAGAAUCCUGAAGAUCACCCUAUCAUUGUACCCAAUUACUUCAACGAUCUUCGCGAUCUUGAAGUUCUGAUAGAAGGCGCAAAGUUUAUACAUAAGAUAAGUCAAACGGCAACAAUGCAAAAUGUCAAUGCUCGGGCAAAUCCAAAUAAAAUACCGGCUUGUUCAAUAUUUCAAUUUUUAUCGGACGAUUAUUGGCGAUGUCAUGCACGCCAUUACACAAUGACUAUCUAUCAUCCAAUUGGUACAUGCAAGAUGGCACCUGCCAAGGAUCCCAUGGGUGUAGUUGAUUCUCGAUUAAAGGUACAUGGUAUUCAAGGUCUUCGUGUGAUCGAUGGAUCUAUUAUGCCGAACAUAAUCUCUGGAAAUACUAACGCACCUACGAUAAUGAUUGCGGAAAAAGGUGCCGAUAUGAUAAAGGAGGAUUGGAUGAGCCGAGGUCAUUCAUGAUAAGCAAAAUCAACGAAUUAUUCAAUGUACUAUUUUUACCGGUAAACUAGAUCUUAUCAUAUCUUCUAAAAAUUAUUUGAAAUAAUUAAAUAAAUAUGUAUAUAUAUCUUGUUA